UCUGCUGCAACUGAAUCCUCUCUUGCCCACUGGAAUCCAGGCUCAUUUUCACUGGCUGAUUUCCUUCUUCAGCCUCAUUCUUAACAGAUGCAUGUUUUCCCUGUGGGUUAGUGUGCUGCCUUACCCUGAAUCACCAAUCACAUUCUGUAGGCAGACUUGCUAGCUAGAAAAUAAAAAGGCAUUUAGUGCAUUUUGCAGAGAAAAGAAGAAGCUGCCUCCUGUAUUGUCAAGCUGAGAGAAACACACUUUGCAGUGAAUGGCAGAUUGAAGGAUAAAGAACUGGGCUAUAUUUUCAUUGAAUACAGUCAGGAUAACCAACCCCAGACAGUCUAUAUUCAGGGCUGAGGGAUAUGGAAGUUUUAGCAUCAGGGGCUGUAAACCCAAGUGGAGACCAGCUAUGACAUCUGAUUUAUCCUUCAUGGCAGUUGUACCUGUGCUAUACUGACAAGAGAACCGCUUCAACUCACACAAUGAAGGAAGAAAAUUUCCUUCGCAGAAGAUUUUCGUUGUGUCCCACAGCAAUUACACCCCAAAAGAAUGACGUGCCCCGACUAACACGCAACAUGUCUUUUGGCACCGAUCAUGAUAUAAAUAUGCUCAACACAGGAAAAGACAUGGAGAACACUGGUUUGUCAGCAAUGAAGGAUGAAAUAUCCCAGGCACCCAAUGCUACUAAUAAGAAUGAAAAUAAGCUCUGUAAUGGCGCAGACAAAGAAUGUUUAUCUCCUACUUCCAAGACUGCUAAAAUGGACACCCUAAAGGUUCAAAAGAAAAAUUACAGACAAGAAAAGAAAAGAGCAACCAAACAGCUGUUCAGUGCUUUGAAAGAUCCAAGCGUGGUAAUUGUGGCUGACUGGCUAAAGAUUCGAGGCAGUUUAAAAAGCUGGACCAAACUGUGGUGUGUACUGAAACCUGGGUUGCUGCUUAUCUAUAAAACACCAAAGAUUGGUCAGUGGGUUGGAACCUUAUUGCUCCACUCCUGUGAACUGAUUGAGAGACCUUCCAAAAAAGAUGGUUUCUGCUUUAAGCUUUAUCACCCCCUGGAUCAAUCAAUAUGGGCUAUCAAGGGUCCUAAAGGGGAAAAUGUAGGCUCCAUUACUCUUCCUUUACCCAACAGUCAUUUAAUAUUUCGAGCAGCUUCAGAAUCGGAUGGAAGGUGCUGGAUGGAUGCCUUGGAAUUAGCACUGAGGUGCUCCAGUCUUUUUAAGAUCAAUUUGCCCAGACAAGGCAAGGAAGGUGAUGUGAUUUCUCCCGUGGAUAUGAAUCACACUGGCUUGUACACACUGCUGCACACCUCCACCAUCUCUGAACAAGAACUCUUCCAGCUUAAUGAAUGUGUAGCAGAAAAUGAUGCUCUUUCUGACAAGUCGGAGAAAGACAACGUAGAAGAAUCUGAAAACGAACACAGUCGAAAGACAAGUGAAAGUGACCAAUCUGAGUUACAAGGAGAUAUCUCUCUUGACAGAGAGGGUACAACCUACAUGGAGGAGCUGUAUGAAGAGUUUGGAGAGGUCGGGAGCGCUUCACAAACAGAGACUGUGUCUGAUGAAAACAAGGGUUUGAUGUGGACUCUACUUAAACAAAUGAGGCCUGGUAUGGAUCUCUCCAGAGUAGUCCUACCUACUUUUAUCCUGGAGCCUCGGUCGUUUCUCAACAAACUGUCUGAUUAUUACUAUCAUGCUGACAUACUCUCUCAAGCGGCAAUGGAAGAUGAUCCAUAUUGUCGGAUGAAGCAAGUUCUCAAAUGGUACUUGUCUGGCUUUUAUAAGAAGCCCAAGGGUAUAAAAAAGCCGUAUAACUCAAUUCUUGGAGAGACCUUUCGCUGCUGUUGGUUUCAUCCCCAGACAAACAGCCACACGUUUUACAUAGCAGAACAGGUAAGCCACCAUCCUCCGGUAUCUGCUUUCCAUGUCAGCAAUAGGAAAGACGGAUUUUCAAUCACUGGAAGCAUUCUGGCCAGAUCCAGAUUCUAUGGCAAUUCCCUUUCUGCAAUAUUAGAUGGAAAUGCAAGGCUUACAUUUCUGACUCGGGAAGAAGAAUACAUCAUCACUAUGCCAUAUGCUCACUGUAAAGGUCUUUUGUAUGGCACAAUGACAAUGGAAUUAGGGGGUAAAGUGACAAUUGAAUGUGAGAAAACUAGAUAUACAACAGAGCUGGAAUUCAAGCUUAAGCCUUUCUUUGGUGGGAGUGAAACCUUAAAUCAAAUCUCUGGGAAAAUUAAAGUUGAAGAGGAGGUGUUAGCGAACCUUGAUGGACACUGGGACAGAGAAGUGUUUAUAAAUGAUGUACAAAAUGGCAGCCGGGAUAUAUUUUGGAAUCCAACAUCUGAAGUGCGGAAACAAAGGCUGAAGAGGCACAUUGUUCUGUUUGAGGAGCAGACAGAAUUUGAAUCAGAGAGGUUAUGGCAACACGUCACUAGCGCAAUAAAUGACGGAAACCAACAACAGGCAACAGAUGAAAAGUACAUUUUAGAGGAAGCGCAAAGAAAAGCUGCGAGGGAACGCAAAGAGACAAAUAUGGAGUGGUCUCCAAACCUGUUUAUAUAUGAUGAGAUCUUAAAAGAAUGGCGCUAUAAGUAUGAAGAUAACCGACCCUGGCACACUCUAACGGACAUUGCACAAUACGAGAAAGACGGAGAGCUGCAAACCGUGAAGAGGAACCUUUCCAGCAUGUUGGCACCGAGGAAAACUGCACAGCACAAGAGAUCAACACAAGAAAAUUGGCGACGUAAAGCUAGCGAGCAGCCAUCAAUCAGCAGCCAUACUACAGAGAGCAGUUGUUCAACUCCAGAACCUGGGCAGGAUUCUUCUGAUGAUGAUGGUUUCCCUGGUCCUUGCUCUCAGUGUGGCAAAGAAAAAUCUGAGUUAAAGGAAAUUCAGGAAGCCAUGCUAUCAUUACAGAGAACCCAACAAGAUAUACACAGGAAUAUCCGAACACUUACGACUCACAGCACGUUUUCUACCUGCUCGUCAUCAGACCCCUCCUUGUUGAAUUCCCGUCACUGGGUCUUUCUCUGCCUUUUUCUUGCUUGCCAGCUUUUUAUUAACUUUGUCUUCAAAUAAGAUUUUUUUUCCAAUAUAGCUGCAUUUAAUUUUACUGUGCACAUUAACCAGUUUGCUGCUAGAGAGGUCACUAAUGAUAUAAGGUUUUCCAAUAUAGCAGGGAUAUGUAUAAUUUGCUCCUGUGAAAAUGCAUGAAGCAUUAGACCUCACUUAGUGCCCAAAAUAAAGUUAUUUUGCACAAGGGCAUAGAGAACUCACAUUGUGAGAUUUUUGUAUGUUAUUGAGUGUAGUGUGUCAAGACACCUUAUUUAUAUUACAUUGUUAAUCUUAUGUUUAUGUUUUCAUCUGCAUUCGGUUCAUUUAUUAUUUUGUAUUUUAAUAAUAGAACUUAGCACAAAUAUAGCAUACAAAAAGGAAUAUGCAGCAAGGCCAGAAUGGUGCCAAGUAUUCUUGAUUCUUAUGUUAGGUAACAAUUUGACAAAGAACCAAACCAUGUGUUCAGCAUAUAACAGAGAAAGAGAGCAUCAAAUCUCUAUUAUACAGAAAAAUAACUUUUAACAAUCACGCACAACACAAAUGAGAACAUGCAGAAAGCAUUACAAGUUUGCUUCCGGACACCUUAACAUUUAACUAUUUAUCUGCUAUGUUGAAUUUGUAAGCAGAUAACAGAACCACUUAGCUUACAAACUGUUUUGCUACUUCUAAAGAGAGCAGAAAUAAUAGCAACUCAAAUUUUAAAAAAAACAUUAACAAUUUUUGCUUUUGUGUAAAAAUAGCACUUUCUCCACGUUCCCUAGAGAAAUUCUGUAACCUGGGUUUUCUUUAGACUGCUGCAAAUCAAUUAGCUGGUUUAUGCAAUUUGCAGCAGUUUGAAGAAAGCCGAGGUUACAGGAUAAGCGUUAUUUUUUCUCUAGGUAAAGUGGUAUGAGCACAAUUUUCACAUAAAAGCAAGAGAGGUUUUAUAGCCUAAUUUAAAUGAUGUAUGUAAAGUGAAUGUUAGGAUCAGCACUCCUGGGUCAUCCCCUCCAUAUGUAACACUGCAGAGUUAGCAGGAGAUAGGUGAUCAAACCUUCACAGACCCCCAACCAAGAUCUGAAGGAAUAUAAUUGGACAAAAAGAUGAAGGUAGCACUAUUAGCAACAGGAAAACACCUUUAAUAUUAAAGGUGUUUUCCUGUUGCUAAGAGUGCUACCUUCAUCUUUUUGUCUAAUUUAAAUGAUGUAUUAUUCAUCCUGUUUUGUACAAGCCCCUCUCCACUUCUAAAAGUUUUUCCAAGAAAUCUGCCACUCAUUCUACCCUUUUACCAUAGAGCUAGGGCACAUUUUAGUGCAUAAAGUGAGGUAAAAAGCAAAAUAAAUCUAUCAACCACAGAGACACAACUCUCAAGUUGAAACAUGCAUGAAUGUGUUUCCGUUUUAAAUAGAAGCAUUUUGUUAGUGCACAUUUAUUACCAUAAUGCUUCUACUGAAAAGGUAUCAGUGUUUGAUUAAUAGCUUUUACUGUGCACAGAACAUUCAUAUAUUUCAUGCCUGCUUAGGUUGCAUAUUUUGCAUUGGCACUAACUUGUUACCUUUUUAACAAAUAAAUGCCACUGCUGGAAAAAUUGGAUUGCGUUCAUGUGCAUUUCAGAUUUGAGCUUCAUGCCAGUUUGAAUGUGAUAAAUAUAUUUUUUUGCAUGAAAACGAGUUAAGUAUUAUCUAUUCUGAUUACACUUAAGAUCAUUAGUGGAAAUGCAUGCUGCAUACUGCAGUAUUCGUGCUAAACACAGAGUUAAAAAACAAUAAUAUAUUACCCCAUUCUUUUAUAUGCAACAAAAUGCUUUCCAUGUCUCUUGGAGGGACAUAAUAAUACAAAGUAUAUAUUUUUCUAAAAUAUAUAUGUAUCCAACUAUCCACAAAAAAGCAAUAUAUAUGGAUGAUCUGACUGUUUAAAGAUUUUGGACGUACACUUUUCAUAUAUUUUUUUAAUGUAGAUUUUAGACAUUUUUGCUAGAAUAUCCAUUUUAAAAAUAAUUAAGCACUUACCAAUUUCUUAGUUAAAAUAUUAUCUCUACAUUUUGUUUUAUGUAUAUAUUCCUUUAAAAAAGUAAAAAUAUAAGACAGCGCUAAUAAAUAAAUCAGUUACUUAGUAGCAUUUAUAUGUUAAAAUUUAAUUAAAAAACACAUAUAUGAGUGUAUUCACAUAUGCGAAAACAUGACAUAAAAUAAGUGACAAGUACUAACAUAGAACUUGCACUGAUAGUGUCACAAUGUAAUCGCUGGAAUCAUGAUCCACAGUUGGUAACAAAUAAACUACAACCAAGAGAACAGGAUAACCGGCUGGAUAAUCCAUAAAGAUCCACUACGCGUUUCAAGAAAAACUCCUCCUCCUCAGGUGACCACUUCAUAAAUCUAUUCAUUUAAACUUUUUGUUAUUUAUAUAACAUAUAGUUUGAUACACCAAUGAUCAUUGUAUUUGAAAUAUUGUUAUAAAUAUCUUCUGAUACACCACAAUUAUUGUGAGUGUAAAAAUAAGAUAUACAUAUAUUCUGUACUAAGGACUAAUAGAAUAGAGGCGCUCUCUUUCAUUUUCUAUUCUAUCAUCUCUACAUUCAUAUCUUGUUUAACCCCUUAAUGACCAGCAACGUACCAUGUACAUUGCUGGUCUUUGAAUGGGGAUUGUUUUUUGAUAGGCGAGACCGCACUACUAUGACCUGAAAAACUCUUAAUGACCAGCAAUGUACAGGGUACGUCAUAGUCAAUAAGGGAUUAAAGAAACAUUAAUACAAAAAUAAAUGCUCUUAAUUAUUGGAACAUCCUAUUUGUGUCUUUUGGUUUCUUGGUUUAACCCACCACAUAGCUAAUGUCAGGCUUGGAAACCAUAAUAUGUUGUAGCUUUUAAGCCAGACGCAGCUGGUGAGCCAAUUAGGCGCGGCAUAUGCAUGUAGCUGCCAAUCACCAUCAAGGUCCUAUUCAGGAGCUACAAUGUGUUAUGGUUUCCAGGAAGGACUUUUGCUUUGUGGAUUCUUAUAUGGCAAAGGGCACGAGAGCAUAAAUAACCUGUUAACUAUUUAGAGCAUUUUAUUUUGCUUGAGAUUUUCCCUUUAAAACCUUCACGUAUUUGAUGCUUUCUUUUCUCUUUGUCAGGGUUUAUAGCUAUCAGUCUGUUUAUUUUUAUUUUGCACUUUUCUCCUAUAUUUAAUUGUGUAGGGUGUAUAGCGUUUUUGUAGAUUUCUUUUGCACUUACCUCAUUUUAUUCCUUUCUACAACACUCUGAUAUAUCAGGAGAUUACAUGAGCUGCAUUGCUCAAUGGCACCUUCAUAUUUGUAAGAAGAAUUUCAUUUGUUACAUAAUACAACACAUUUUUUUUUUUUUUUAAAUCUCAAAACGUUUAUUUUUGAACAAAUUCAAUAUUCAGCCUUAAGUCUGACAUUCCAUAGACUUAACAAAAAUAAAGAUAUCUUGUCUCAUCUGA